AUGUUGUUCAUUAAGCUUGUUAUUGCUUUGCAUCUACAUUUUUACCAAGCAUUUGGAGCCAUAGUUCCCUUUAGGGACUCAAUUGAAUUAGUUUUCACUCCUGAGGACGUGAAGAAGGGUACAGACUAUGUACUAUGGAAAGUUCCCAAGGUGAAAAAUGACUUUAAAACCACUGUAAAGCAGAAGUUGCUCAAUCGGUUAUUAUCUAAGGAUAUACAAGAGUUAAAUCCAUACUAUACGGGAGAUGAGAUUGAACCAAUGAUGGCGAAUCCGGCACUUGAAACAACAACAAAUACAGCGAACAUGAUGGCUGCGAAAAACAAUGUACAGAAUAUCGAAAUUGAAAUAACCAAACCUAGAGGAUUUGUCAAUUCCGUACUAAAAGGACCAUCUCCUACGGAGAAAGAAAAAGCCAAAAUCCGUUACAUCAAUGAGGAGAACAAUGAAAUGGUACAUAACUUGGCUACAAAUGGUGAACCCGAGGUUGGGAAACAAAUUGGUAUAUUGCCACAAUCAGAACAUGUGGGAUACCUUAGUCCCUCACAAAUUAAAAAUCAAAAACACAAGUUCGACAUUAAGCAUGUGCCUAGUAGAGACUUUGAGAAUCAUAUACAAAACGAUAAUGAUUCUUCUGAUGAUGAUGGGACUUUGAUUGAUCAAAAAGAUGAAGAUGUCGUAACAAAUGUAGAUUCCUUUUAUGAUGAUGAUGAUGUUUAA